CAUUGUUCUGGUAAGUAGUCAUAGCAUUGCUAGCUUUUAACUUUAUCUUCCAAAUAUAUGCUACUCCUUACAUCCCACUAUUUUGUCCCUUUUACCUUAUUUGUCCCAUACCGUACUCCCCCCGUCCCAAAAUAAACUUCUCACUUUCCUUUUUUGGGUUGUCCCAUAAUAAACUUCUCAUUUCUUCUAAGGAAUGGAUUGGGUGACUCACAUUAAUUCUCUCCCCUCUUUGUAAAUCUCAACCAAACAUUUUUACUCUUUUUAAUCCCUGUGAAAGUCAAAUUGAGAACUUUAAUUUGGGACAGAUGGAGUAUUUAAUAGCAUUUGUAUGGUUCACAUUAGUUCUUACUUUUUUUUAUUUUUUAACAUCAAUAUCAAUCACAAAAUUUCACUUUUUAAUAUUUGUGUGCAAGUAUCUGAUGUCUCAAAAAUCAAAAAUAGUGCAAUGGAGGGAGUAUAUGUUUUCAAAUAUGUAAUAUUAGGAUAUAUUGUUGUUGUUAUUGUUAGUGUUAGCAUUAAUUUCAAAUGCAGAUGACCUUUUAUGACAACAUACCAUGAGCAGGGGCAUCAUUUAGACUUGCGACUCGUAAGGAAUCAAUGGCUUUUGAUAGAUCCAAAGGCAGACUUUCUUAUGUCAGAAGUGAACGAAGAGAAAACUUCUGGAGACUUUAGAGAAAUGGGAUUAAGGCUUGCUCAGGAAGUAACUUCAUUUGUAAAGAAGAAGAUGGAGAAGGCCACAAGGCAUGGUAAUUUAAAAAGCAUCAAGAUUAGCUUUGUAGGUCAUUCCAUUGGAAAUAUCAUAUUAAGAACUGCAUUAACAGAGAGCAUCAUGGAACCCUAUCUCAGAUAUCUGCAUACAUACAUUUCAAUUUCUGGCCCACAUCUUGGUUACUUGUACAGUUCAAAUUCUUUGUUUAAUUCUGGGCUUUGGCUUUUGAAGAAGCUCAAAGGCACCCAGUGCAUUCAUCAGCUUACCUUUACAGACGAUCCUGAUAUUCAAAAUACCUUCUUGUACAAGCUUUGCAAGCGGAAGACAUUGGAGAACUUCAGGAAUAUUAUCUUGUUAUCAUCGCCACAGGAUGGGUACGUUCCAUACCAUUCAGCUAGAAUAGAGAUGUGCCAAGCAUCCUCAGCAGACUCUUCAAAGAAAGGGAAGAGAUUCAUGGAGAUGCUCAACCAUUGCUUGGACCAGCUACGCGCACCGUCAUGUGAGCACCGGGUUUUCAUGCGAUGCGAUGUGAAUUUUGAUACAUCCUUGCAGGGAAAGAACUUGAACACCAUGAUUGGCCGGGCUGCUCAUAUUGAGUUUCUUGAAUCUGAUUCGUAUGUGAAAUUCAUAAUGUGGUCUUUUCCUCAACUUUUCCGUUGAAUGCUGCGUCUUAGGCGUGCGUGGUGGUUAACGGUUCCCUGAAGAAUGAUGAUGAUGAUGAUGAGACUCGGGUUUCCAGUUUCUAGGUACCGUUUAUAGAAUGAGAUAAGGGGUAUUACUCUCUUCACUGAAUAUUGUAUCCUUCUCAGACAAAGAGUUUAUUUAGCCUAUCGGAGAAAACGAUACAAAUCUUAUUUGUGUUUAUUUUGGGAAAUAGUGCAGUUAAUUAUUUUGCGCGGUUAUAGUGUGAUGUUAGGUAAGUAGUUGAAGAACAACAUGCUUGUGCUGCCUCUUUAUAUUAAAAGUAUAGGAAUAUUAUCAUGCUAUGACUUGUAUGAGUUUGGGGCUUUUGAGUUUUGCCUCGUGCCAUAAACUGCCAUUGACACU